GGUGGGCUGGGGUUGGAUUUGGUGAUCGUAGAGGUCUUUUCCAACCUUAAUGAUUCUGUGACUCUAAGAAAAAACUCAAUCAUCAUUCCUUUUCCUGGUUCCCCUGGCUCUUGUGUUGUGAGAAGUGCUGAAAAACCAUCAUCAAAUUAAUCUUUAUUCCCCUGCAACCCUAGGACUUACCACUUCAUUAAUCUCUUUUCUAACAUGGGCAUUCUGACAUGAAUAACUUUUUCUUGCUGUUCUCACUUCUGAUCACCCAGCUUCCUCAUCUCUAUGACUUUUUCCAACUGUUCAUGCCAGGAACCAAAACAGCACACACCUUCUGGUUAAACAGCAGCAAAUGAUGUCUUCUACUAUAAGGCCUGGGACACCUCCAGGGACAGGGCACCCACCGCUCAGGGCAGCAGUGCCAGGGCCUCACUGCCCUUGGAGUGAAGAAUUUCUUCCUUAUAGCUAAUCUAAACCUCAUCUCUUUUAGUUUAGAGCCAUGAUUAGCCCUGUCCUAUCACUAUACUCCCUGAUGAACAGCCUGUUACCAGUACCUACAGGUGUGCGAGCGCCUGGCCUGGCACUGCCAUCCCCCUCUCCCGUGUCUCGGCACACGCUUUUCCCUCGGCUGUCCCGCAGCUCUUCUGCACGGCUCAGUGACUCCAUGAGCGUUGCGUCGAGCUGGAUGCCCGUUGCUAUAAUUUGAGUUGUUUGCGUCCCUUAAUCUGUAUUUGUUCCCUCGGAAGUGCAGGGAGACACAUGAGGGCAGAGGCACUGGGUAAACACCGCGCUCCUCUCCCUGCCGGCACACGAUUAGCUUCAGGUAAACAGAGCCGACUGCCAGCAAGCGGUGGGACGGGCACCAGGGCCGAGGGAAAGCAAGCAGGGCCGCAGAGCCCGGAGCCCACGAAUGGCGGCCUGCAGCAGUGCCUGGGGCGCGCCGUGGGCGGGAUCACCAUUCUGCUAUAAGUAGAGCUCACCCCCAACCACCUCGGCACAGCCAGGCUGAGCCGCUCCACGUGGCACACGGCGUCACAGGCAAGGGGGGGUGAGCCACGCCAGAGGAGGUGUGUUGCCCACAUAGGCCAUGCUGUAAGCUGGAUGCUAGCGCGGUGCUGCGGGCUCAGCACUGCCGACACACAGACUGAGGGAUCCUGACAGUACGGCAGCGUGACAGCACUGGGUGAUGGCACAGGCUCAGCUGGGGCUGCCAGGCCCCUUCGCACAGACCCCGGUCGGACAAUGCCCCGACUCUGACUUUGACUCUGAUUCCGAGGAUGCAACAACCAGCGGUGCAGGGCCUGGCACUGGUGUGCAGAAGCUCUCUCAGGUCAUCCACAGCGGCCACUUCAUGGUGUCGUCCCCGCACCACGAUGCACUGCCCCGCCGGCGUCACUGCCACGCUGAGCCCUCGGUGGCCGAUCCACAGAGCAUUGACCCAACCCUGACGCGGCUCUUCGAGUGCAUGAGCUUGGAGUACAGUGGGAAGCUGGUGUCACCAAAGUGGAAGAAUUUCAAGGGGCAGCAGCUGCUUUGCCGGGAUAAAAUCCGCCUCAACAAUGCCAUCUGGAGAGCGUGGUACAUUCAGUAUGUGGAGCAGAGGAAGAACCCUGUAUGUGGUUUCAUCACCCCCCUGGAGGGGUCAGAGGCUGAUGAGCACCGCAAACCAGAGGCUGUGGUGCUGGAGGGCAACUACUGGAAACGGCGCAUCGAGGUGGUGAUGAGGGAGUACCACAAGUGGAGGACCUACUACAAGAAGCGGCUCCGAAAGUCCAGCCGGGAGGGAGAGCUCUCCAGCCCGAAGCAGGACGAGGAUGCCUGGAGACCAACAGAGAAAUGGUGCAACCAGCUCUUCUGCAACGUGGUGCCCAUGCUGCUGGGGGACGAGGAGGAGGAGCCUGGGGGUAGGCAGCACUUUGACUUGGACACAUUCCUCUCGGACAUCUCUGACACCCUCUUCACCAUGACACAGAUACCCAGCGCACACCAGGAUCUCCCCGAGGACACAUAUAUCGGGAAUGCUGACAUGAUCCAGCCAGACCUGGCACCUCUGCAGCCGAGCUUGGAUGAUACCAUGGAGAUCUCAGAUAUUUUCAUCGGCCAUCGGCCGCUGCCUGCACAGAUGCCGCUGAGCUACCAGGAGCCACCCUGCUUUGAGCCCCUCUAUGGCAGCGGAGGGACAAUGCCCACCGGCCCCGAUGCCCCACUCCCACCCAGCCCUCUCCUCCAGGUGAGCGGGACCCUGGCCCAUGACCCACGGCUGCUGGUGCCUGAGACACCCCUCCUGACACAGCCGUGUCCCCCGCAGCCCGGUGACGCCGCCCAGCUCAGCCUCCACAGUGCCUUGUUUGGCCCUGAGCAGCCGCCGCUGGCCCCCGAGCCCCUCACCACUGUGCCUGGCAGCCUCAGCCCCCAGCUCAAACCCAAGCCCUUGCUGCAGUACGGUUUCCCCGGCAAGUGCCUCGGCAUGGAGCCACUCGGCCUCCCUUACGCUGCUCCCAGCCAGGCCCCCGGGGCACCAUUGCUGGGCUCACAGCCCCCGUUUUCCCCUGCCUCUGCACCCCACUCCAAGUUCCCCUUCACCGCCUCACCCAGCCCCUCACUCCUCGCCCACCCUGUAUCCCCGCUGUCCAUGUCGUGCUUUGCCCAGCACACCCCAGGCCUGGGCUACGCCAUGGACGUGGUGCCCCUAGGGUACCCCAGCGCGGCUGCGCCCCAGAACCUGCCCCCUGCUGCGCCACCUGGGCCCAGGUUUUCUACCCCAAAAGGGCCAUCCCCGGGCGAGCGGCCGAAGACGAAGGCCAGCAGCACCAAAGCAAAGAGGCUUCCGGGGCCCCCUGUGCCGCCACACCUGACAGUGCCCAAUGCCUGCCUGACCCAGCUGCUGGCCACAGCCAAGCAGGAGCCAGCCCUUGAUGCCCCACACGCGCACAGCCCUGCACUCAUGUCCGUGUCCCCAGCCUCUCCGCAGAGCAGUGUCCCUGACGUCCCCGCUGUCUUCCUGCCCAGAGCGGCUCAGCUGAGCUCGGCGCUGCCUCCUGGCUCCAGCCCUUCACAAGAGGUGCCUGUGCCGGUGAUGCGGGCGGGUGCUGCACCAGAGCCACUGCUGGUCCCCAAGGUGGAGCGGCUCUCCCCGACAUCAGUCUGUGGCAGUGACUGGCCUAAGCCUGGCCAAGUGACCCCGGGAGCUGCUGCAUCACCUGGCACCACCAUCUCCCUGCACCAUUCUGCAUCCCGUCGGGGCAGGCCUGACUCCAGCAAAGGAGAGGCCCAAGGCCAUCUCUGCUGCCUGCAGAUGGAGAGCCGGCGCAUCACACACAUCUCCGCUGAGCAGAAGAGACGUUUCAACAUCAAGCUGGGCUUUGACACACUGCACAGCCUGGUGAGCACGCUGAGCGCCCAGCCCAGCAUUAAGGUGAGCGCACAGUGCUGCACAGGCUGGCACUGGGCAUGCAGGGACACAGGACAUCACCUGGUGAUGACAUGGUCCUGGGCUGCCCCGGCACGUGUGGUGUUGUGCCUAGAGCCUGCAGCCCCGUGCCAAGGCUCAGCAGUGGGGCACGUGGCCCCUUGUGCCCUGCACACCCCAGGGGCCACCUGUGCCAUCGCACCUCUGCCACCCUGCAGGUCAGCAAGGCCACCACCCUGCAGAAGACUGCAGAGUACAUCUGCAAACUGCAGCAGGAGCGAGCGGCCCUCCAGGAUGAGGCGCAGCGGCUGCGGGAGCAGAUUGAGGAGCUCAACAGCUCGAUCAACCUGUGCCAGGAGCAGCUGCCAGCCACCGGGGUGCCUAUCACACGCCAGCGCUUUGACCAGAUGCGCAGCAUGUUCGAUGAGUACGUGCGCUCCUCCACACUGCACAACUGGAAGUUCUGGAUCUUCAGCGUCAUCAUCCGGCCUCUCUUUGAGUCCUUCAACAGCAUGGUAUCCACAACCAGCAUGGAGAGCCUCAUGCAGACGUCCCUGGCCUGGCUGGAGCAGCACUGCUCCCUUCCAGCGCUUCGGCCCUGUACGUGGUUCCGGGUGGCCCCACCACUCCCAAUGAAAACUGGAUAGCAACGGGGCCAGGGGACGGUCCCUCAGCCCGUGCCGAGGCUGGGGCGAGACCGGGGGCUGCCGCCCACCCCGGGCCGGGCCCUGACGUCUCCGUGUCUCCCCGCAGCCAUCCUGAGCUCCCUGCGGCAGCUGAGCAUCUCCACCUCCAUCCUCAGCGACCCCGCCCGCGUUCCCGAGCAGGCGGCGCGGGCCGCGGCCGGAGGCGGCCCCUCCUAGCGCCUAGGGACCGGGCCGGACAGCACCGACGAGAGACGGCGACGCAACUCGGGGGCGGGAGGGAGAGAGGGAAGCUCCACCGCAGCACUUACGAAGUGCUCGCGGGACCCGGCCGCGUCCGCACCAUAAAGCCUUCAGAAAGC